UCUGCAGAUCUUAACAUGAUUAAGAAAAACAUGGAUUUAUACGUGAAAGUAAGAUGCCCCUCCUAUAUGAACUCAUAUUAUCCUCUCUGAAGAGAUGAUAUGCUGCAUUCAAAUGGAUAUCCACCUGUGGCUCAGGGUUUUGUUGGUCUACCAAGGCAGCACACAGGACCGCAGUGCAAGAAAGAAGAAGUUUUUCCACUGAAACAAUCUGGGGACAGAGCAGCAGCUCAAAGACUGUGAGAAGCUGUAAUCUGAUAUAGUUUUAAGGACGUUAAUGACACCAUAGAUUUAUGUAACAUGGUAAUAAUUUCAAAAGGUAAGCAUGUUUUUGGUGGAUAUACCCUAUGGUGAAACUAGUCAUUGAUAACAACCUGGGAUUUAAUUAUUUUUGCAAAAAAAAAAAUACAAGUAAGUAAACAAUGUAAUUAUCUCCAAAAGUUGCACAGAGAUGGGAUUAGUCACAACUUUUUCAUGGAUUUUGGCAUUUUGCGCACUUCAGGACUAAUGCACAACAGUAUUACUUCAUGAACCAAGAGGACUGCCUUUUUUAAAUCAACAUGUCUGUGAACCGGUUCCAUACAACAGACACGGAGCAGUCUGCAGAGUACUCAGUGGAGUAUUCAGUGCAGAUACCCAACGAUCCGGGUCACGGAGCGGGUCGGUCGCGUGAGGUGACCGUGCUCCAGUCGAGCUGCUGCAGCUGCCUGCCGCGCGCGGUGCGCCUUACUUUUGCGCCAGAAUCGCUGGAGAUAAUUUACCAGAACUACUUUCGCCGACAGAGACAAGAGAACCUGCUCGUGCUGGCGGUGUUCGCUGCUCUCUUCAACAGCUUCAUCAUCAUCAUGUGCGCGGUGGUGUACACUCCGGACAAACUGGCGAUGGUGGUGGUCGCCGCAGUGGGGCUGGCUGCGGACGUUGUGCUCUACGGGCUGUGCAGGCUGCAGAAGCUGCCCGCGUCGCCAGUCUUACGCGGCGGGGUGCCGUACGUCCUGUGGCUGAUGGUCACCGUCCACGUGUUGUGUUACCUGGGUCUGAACUACGAGCGUUUCCCCCAAGCCAGUGACGCGGUGGGCUGGCAUGCCUUUUUCAAUUUCUGCAGCUUUCUGACGCUCCCACUUAACCUGGUGCCGCUGCUGCUGCUCACAGCCAUCUCCUGCGGGAUACACACCCUGGUGCUGGGGGUGACCGUGUCUCAAAGGUUUGAGGAUAACCUGCAGGGUCCCAUGCUGGUGAGACAGCUCAUUGCCAACGUGAUGCUGAACCUGUGCGCAGCCACGGUGGGUGUGAUGUCAUACUACAUGGCGGACAGGAAGUACAGGACAGCUUUUUUGGAGGCCCGUCAGUCACUAGGGGUCAAACUCACGCUGGAGGAGCAGAGCACCCAGCAGGAGGAACUAUUACUGUCCAUACUGCCCAAACAUAUCGCUGAUGAGAUGCUGCAGGGCAUGAAGACCCAGGCCGAUCAGAAUGAGGUCCAGCAGCAGCAGUUCAACACCAUGUACAUGUACCGCCAUGAAAACGUCAGUAUCUUGUUUGCUGACAUAGUGGGCUUCACCCAGCUGUCCUCAACCUGCAGCGCCCAGGAGCUCGUAAAGCUGCUUAAUGAACUGUUCGCCCGCUUCGAUACACUGGCAGAAGAACAUCACCAACUGAGGAUUAAGAUCCUCGGAGACUGUUACUAUUGUAUCUGUGGUCUUCCUGACUUCAGGGAUGACCACGCUGCCUGCUCCAUAAUGAUGGGCCUAGCGAUGGUAGACGCCAUCUCGUACGUGCGAGAGAAGACCAAAACUGAAGUGGACAUGCGUGUGGGCGUUCACACGGGCACCGUGCUGGGAGGAGUGCUCGGGCAGAAGAGGUGGCAGUUUGACGUUUGGUCCACAGAUGUUACUGUAGCCAAUAAGAUGGAAUCUGGGGGGAUUCCUGGGAGGGUGCAUAUUUCCCAGACCACCAAGGAGAGUCUGCACGGAGAAUUUGAACUGGAGCUGGGGGAUGGAGGAGAGAGGUGCGAGUACCUGCUGGAGAAAGGCAUCGACACUUACUUAGUUCUAGUGCCUAAACAGGUGGCGAAUGGGCUCAGUGGAAAUAAACCAGGCACGUUGUCCAACAGAAAUUCAUACCAGUUAAUCAACACUACAGCAACCAAUGGGAAUGCAGCCUCACCCCAAUCCACGCCCACUGAGUCUAAACAGGAGAGGAAUAAGAUGGUCGAGGAACGAGUGAUCAACAGACGUUUGCAGCAGGAACUGCUGGAAAGAGAAAGUCAGCAAAUAAUGAAGGAUCACCAGAUCAACCCUCUGUCGUUGCGUUUUGUGGAUGCGAAGUUGGAGGAGCACUACUCCUCAGAGAAGGAGAAGCGAAGCGGAGCGGCCUUCUGCUGCUGCAUCAUAGUGCUCUUCUUCAUUACAGCGAUGGAGGUGUUCAUAGACCCACUGUUGGCUGUGAACUAUGUGACUCUUGCAAUAGGAGAGGUGUUGUUGCUUAUCCUCACAGUGUGCUCCCUGGCUGCCAUCUUUCCCAGGAUGUUCUCCAAGAGGAUGGUCUCUUUCUCGGUGUGGAUCGAUCGCACGCGGUGGGCCAGAAACACGUGGGCCAUGGCGGCCAUAUUUGUUCUUACCAUGGCUGUGAUCGCUGACAUGCUGAGCUGUGUUCCACCGUCCCUUCGAGUCUCCAACAGCACCUCCGGCCCCGUGCUGGAGUCACUCGGUGACCGAGGCUGUGCAGAGAAUCCAAAGUACUACAGCUUCAUGGCUGUGAUGUCACUCAUUGCCACCGCCAUGUUGGUGCAGGUCAGCCACCUGAUCAAACUGGGCCUCAUGGUGCUGGUCGUCACUGCAACUGGAGCUGUCAAUAUCUACAGCUGGCGGGACAUAUAUGACCUGUAUGACUAUAUACAGUUUGCCUCAUACAGAACAUCCAUAGUGCCAUCCAAGUACCUCAUGACCGUGAUGAUCAUUGUCAUGAUGAUUGCCUUCUACCUCUUUGCCCGCCAUUUGGAGCAUCAGUCCAGGAAGCUGUUCCUGUGGAAGAUAGGUGUGCACGACCAGAAGGAGAGGGUGUUUGAGAUGAGACGCUGGAACGAAGCGCUGGUCACCAACAUGCUGCCGGAGCACGUGGCCAAACACUUCCUGGGCACUAAAAAGAGAGAUGAGGACCUGUACAGCCAGUCUUACAGUGAAAUAGGUGUGAUGUUUGCUUCCAUCCCCAACUUUUCUGAUUUCUACACUGAAGAGAGCAUCAACAACGGAGGCCUCGAGUGUCUCAGGAUUCUCAAUGAGAUUAUCUCCGACUUUGACAGCUUACUAGACAGGGAUGAGUUCCGCUUCAUCACUAAGAUCAAGACAAUAGGCAGCACCUACAUGGCCGCAUCCGGACUCACCCCAGAGAGCAACACAAACGGAUACAGCAACCGCAAGCCAGAGGACCAGUCAAUGAUCGAGCGCUGGCAGCACCUUGCUGACCUGGCAGACUUUGCCUUGGCCAUGAAAGUCACCCUGAACAACCUCAACAAACAGUCCUUCAACAACUUCAUGCUCAAAAUCGGUCUGAAUAAGGGGGGAGUUUUGGCUGGAGUGAUUGGAGCUCGUAAACCUCACUAUGAUAUCUGGGGCAACACAGUCAAUGUGGCCAGCAGAAUGGAGUCCACCGGAGUGAUGGGAAACAUCCAGGUGGUGGAGGACUGCUACGAUAUCUUGAAGGAGUAUGGCUUCCGCUUCAUCCGGAGAGGGCCCAUAUUUGUCAAAGGGAAAGGGGAGCUGCUAACCUUCUUCAUGAAAGGAAAAGACAAACCCAGUAGCAAUGCUGGUCCAGUGACCACUGCCCUUCCACACCAAGUCGGUGAACUUUGAAUAUUCUCACCUGGUGAAAAGCCGUUAAUUAAAAGAUAAGCCUGGGCAUAAUGUCCAAUUUUCUCUCAUAUACACAGGUUACUUACAUAUAUCUUUUUCAUAAGCUCUGUAGCAAUGUAAAGCAUAUGGAAGUAGACCAACACAACAAAACAAUACUAUUAUAAGCAUUACAACUGUGAAAUACCAUUUCACCCACAAAGAAAUUUAUUAAGAUAAACUGAUUCUGUAUAGUUGUACAUAAUUCAG